UGGCGCAUGGGACAACGGUUAACGUCUUGCCGCCUUAAGCCCCUUCCUCUAGUUGUUGGUGUAUUGUUUUGCGGUCUGCGCUCGCGACUAACUUGGCUAACUUCUGGAUUUGGAAUUGGCCUGGUGUAUUGCAUCUGCACACUCGGUGGCGCGCGCUUGUCUUCUUGAGACUUCUUCGGCGUUUCGCGAGUUUUUUUUUUGUUUUUACUGUGAUUACUGUUUUUCAGUUGAGAGCGUGUGAAGUGCGUACAUGCGUAGUGGAUGAUAAUUAACCAAUUUGAAAAUUACUGUUCUUCUGCUUUAUUUUAUAAUUCCAAUUAACCGCAAAAUUGCGUAAGGAAUUCGAUUGUGCACAAAAUCACGAAAAGAUUGAUAAAUUACUGUUAUAAGGCGUGAAUAAAGAAUACUGAAAGGAUAAAAAAGUUAUUUUAAUAGACAAGAUUCUCGAACUUGGACUCGGAGUAGGCCAAUUAAGAGUUAGCCACGCGGCCACACGAACAGGUGUCGGCGGUUCCAGCAGCAACAUCAACAGCAACAUCUAGUGACAGCAGCAACAUCUAAAGACAGCAGCAGCAACAAGUGGCAUCAUUUGCGGUUUUGAUAGCCGGGCGGGUUUGCCGUUGCCUGGUAUAAAAAAAAGAAGAAGCAACAAAACCAAAAACGGGAAAUCGGAAACAUGUUCUCCUCCAGCGCCGUCGCAUCCUCAUCCUCUUACUCAUCCUCCAUUUCGAUUCCACGUCGUGGUGGCGGCUUCAAUCUCGGCCAGCUGCUACCUUUGGCCAUCGUUAUCGGAGUGUUGCAUCUGCCGCAGUUUGUGUGUCAUGCUAGCUGGGCAACCAGAACGCCAGAGAAUUCCAUUAACGAGACGACCGCCUCCUCGACCGCCAUGCAAAUCCAGACAUUGCAGGUGAAUUGCAGCAGGGAACUGCUCGAAAUGCAUUUGGAACUGAGCCGGCCCUUUCGAGGAUUACUCUAUGCCAAGGACUUUCCACUGGAGUGUCGGGCGAGAGGACAGGACUCCACACGUCUUCACCUUCGCAUUCCCACCUCGGGUUGUGGUGUUCGGGCAGAGCCGCUCGAGGAUGGUAGUUUAGAGUAUACGGUGCGCGUGAUGCUUCAAAAGGAGCAAAAACUCCGCCAAAGUACCGACAUUCUUAGUGCCGUAAGGUGCCAACUUCCGGCCAAUGCCAUGGGAAUGCCACUUCCUGUCCUAAGACAGGAAAAAGGACACGAAAGAAAUGCACGAAUGCGAGCUUUGGCAGCGGCUGCCGUUCCAGCUCUUUCCGUAUCCUCAGCAGCACCCACAGCCAGUGCCACCCAUCAAUACAUGGAGACUCCACGGGUUAGGAUAUGGUUGGAAUUGGGUGGCCCGAAUGGAACUGGAUCCGUAGAGGUCGGUGUGGCUACCACCUUGACCGUAAGGGCCAUCGUUCCGGGAAAUAUUGGAGUGCGGGUGGUGGAUUGUGCUGCUCUCGAUGGAUUGGGUGAAUCCACACAGCAGUUAUUAGAUGCCCGUGGCUGUCCCAUCGAUGAGCAGGUAAUGCCCGCUUUGCACACCCAGCACCGGCCGGCAGAGGAGGGAUGGUCCAAGCAGCACGAGGAAGACUUGGUCGAGCGGACAUUCGCGGCCACGUUUCCCGCCUUCAAGUUCCCGGACCGCGAACGCCUCCACGUCAGCUGUGGCGUGCAACUUUGCAAAAGGAAGUGUCCGACUCUAAAUUGUCGCCAGAAGACACCUUCGCCGGCGUUGAGUGCUGAUCAGCACUUGGCCCGCAUCGAGGUAUUCAAUUCGCUGGCCGUCACAGCUCCUCAAAUCGAGGUGGAUCGCCUGCGAUACGACAGGCGCCACAAUAUGAGCGGAGAUGAUUAUUCGCCGCAUGUUAGGAGUCAACCUGUGCCUGGUGAGGGAACCCUAUGUCUGUCCAUCUCCAAGUUGGCCAUCUCUUUCUGCGUGCUAGGCCUGAUUUUCCUGGUAGCCGUUGUAGUGGCCAUCUUUUCGCUGAUUCGAUCGCGUCGCCAAGAGCGUCGUCACGGAGCGGGAUUAAGUUUGGGACUUGGUCUGGGAUUCGCCGGAACAAGCACCUCGAACAGCAGCAGCCGGUUGCAUCAGGAUCGGGCGGAGAUCUGCACCUCGAUGUUCUCCUCCAGCAGCGAAUCAGCACAAUCGCAGCCUCGUUUUGGGGCCAAGUUCCUUAUGCCUUACUAUCCCAAUACCUUGCCCUACGGCCGUGUCUACUAAGUAACUUGUUAACUGGUUAGUUUAUUAACAGAUUAAUGGAACGGCCUCCCAGAGACUGACGGAUUCGUCUAACGAGUGGUACCAAAAUAUGGUCUAACUUUAGCAAUAUUAUUGUAGUAUUUUAUCUUUAUAACUUAAAUGAAAGGAUCUUGAAAGCGUUUUGCAAGUGGUUGAGGGCCAAAAUGCGUUUUGAUGUCCAUUCGCCGAAACUAUAUUUAAUACCUACAUACGCAUAUAUAUACUUUAAAAUAAAACGUAA